CAGUUAAAUCACCAAAUUGGUUUUGUGGUACCAAGUUCAAUGAGCAUACGACAUCAACAAAAUUUUCUUUUGUUUUGCUAAUUCGGUAUUUGAAAACAUGGAGAAAUUAUCCAAUCCAAUCCAAUCAUAUCAUAUCAACUAUUAAGUAUUAACGACCUCAUGACCACUGCUACUACAGAGGAACACAUCACUAAGAAGAUCGAAGUGAUCUCUAUAAAUGACGCUGAUAAUGACGAAGACCCUUUAAGUUCAAGUCCCAUCGUCCCUCAUGAAAGACAAAUCGUCGAUGGGGUGAUAGCGAUUUGGAAACAAGAUCCAAGUACUGAAUCUUUAGGAAUUGGGAAAUUACAUGCAAUAUUAAAGGAUCAACACCCUUCAUGGUCUGUAUCUGAAAAAAGAGUCAAGAGUUUAUUAAAGAAAUUUGGGUUAACUCCAAAUACUAAUAAUGAACAAUUCACUUAUGCUAAUGAUAUUAAAUCUGAAUUAACUGAAGAUAUAGAUUUACCUUCUAAUAUUCAAAUCAUUAUGACCACUAAGAGAGGGAAAGGAAUCUAUGCCAAACAUAAAAUCGCCAAGGGAGAAUUGAUUUGGUCUGAAGAUCCAUUAUUUUUUAUUCCACCAUUAGCAAAUAUUAAUUUAGUUAGAUCAGCUAAAGCAUGUUCAUGUUGCGGGAAAGCAUUAAAAUCAACUAGAAGUGGUCAUGUUUUAAAAGCUUUGGAUUGUAAUGAUUGUCCUGAAGUUUGGUGUUCUCCAUAUUGUAAGAAGAUUGAUGUUAAUUUACAUGGAUUAUUAAAACAUAAUCAUAAAUCAAAAUUAGUUGAUUCAGAAGCAUUUUUUAAAUUACAAGAAUAUUGUUUAGAAGAAAAUUGGAAUGCCUUAUAUGCGAUAACUAUCAUUUAUGCUAAUAUCAUUCAUGAUAAAUCAGGUAUUAAACAAAAACAAUUUAAAGCUAUGGCUAGAGUUUCACAAGAAGUAAGAUAUAAAGCUCUUGAUUCAUCAGCUGGUGCAUUUGAUUCAUUACUGGGAGGUGCAUUAUUUGUUUUAGAACAACAAGAACAAUUAUGGAAACAAGGAUAUCAAAAAUUCAUUAGUGUAUUUCCUACUCAUCAAUCUGAAGUUAAUUAUCAAGAAUUUUUAUAUAUGAUGGGAACUUAUAAUAUUAAUAAUGUUGAUUCAUGUAUAUUUUUAACUCAAUCUCAUUUAAAUCAUAAUUGUGAUCCAAAUACAUCAGUGGAAAUCUCCACUGUAUCAAGAACUGAUGGAUUAAAAGUAUUUGCAGCUAGAGAUAUUAGAGCAGGUGAAGAAUUAACUACUACCUAUGUAAAUCCAAGUCAUACAGUUCAACAAAGACAACGAGAAUUAAGAGUUAAUUGGGGAUUCAUAUGUAAUUGUCAAAAGUGUAAAGAUGAUUUACAAACUCAACAUCGAAGAAAAUCAUCUUCAGGUGCAGCAGCUCAAUUACCCACUCAUCAAUCUGAUGUUCGUAAAAUGUUAGCUGAUGUUAAAGAACAAGUUGGUGAAGAUGGAAUUGAAUUAUCUCAUCCACCCACCGAUUUCAAUGGAGAAAGAAGAAAAUCAGUUCGAUUUGAUGAAAAGAUUAUAUCUGUCCAAGUGCAAGAUUAAACCAGAUCAAUAAAUCUCCCCUAAACUGAUUAAAAAAGACAGUUUAAAGUAUAAAUAGUGUUUAGAAAUGUAAUGUAUAAAAAAAGUGUAACGUUAAUUAAAAAAAAACUAUAAACUAAAACAUCCUUACCUCAAAUGGUACCAUUUAAUUUAUUUAUGCGAACACCGGGGAAAAAUAAUGGAAAAAAAAAAAUAAUUAUAAUUUUUGGUG